AUGGCCACAAUUGCUCUGUCUCCGAGGCUCGUCCGCCUCACGAGCGUGGGCCAUUUCUCUCGCCCGACCGUCUUCUGCGCCCGCACAUUUGUCUCCCGAUACAGCACAAGUAGUGAAGAUGAGAUUAUCAAAACCCAGCAGAUCCCGGCCCCCGGGUCGGGGCACGUUCGUGUGCUCCUGCUGAACCGACCCAAAGCCCGAAAUGCGAUUUCGCGUCAACUCUUGGACACACUUUCGAAGCAGGUGGACUCGAUCGCGGCGGAGAAUGGCAAUGGACCGACUCGGGCCUUGGUGGUCGCCAGCAAUGUCGACGCCUCAUUCUGCGCCGGCGCAGACCUCAAAGAGCGUGCUAAGAUGACCGCCGCUGAGACCGAACAGUUCCUCGAGAAGCUCCGCUCUACAUUCAAGGCCCUCGCCAAUCUUCAGAUUCCCACCAUCUCUGCAAUCUCUUCCAUGGCUCUUGGAGGUGGCCUCGAGCUCGCGCUGUGCACGCACCUUCGUGUCUUCGGGUCGAGCUGCACCGUCGGCCUGCCGGAGACGCGACUGGCUAUUAUCCCAGGCGCUGGAGGCACUUACCGUCUGCCGGCGUUGAUUGGACCCACCCGGGCGCGCGACCUGAUUCUCACGGGGCGCCGAGUCUCUGGCCCCGAAGCCUAUUUCAUCGGGCUGUGUGAUCGCCUGGUGGAGGUUACCCCGGAAGAAGGGCAGCAGGAGGGCGUCGCGCGCGAAAAGGUCCUUCGGGAAAGUAUCCGGCUGGCUCUGGAUAUCAGUGAAGGUGGCCCGAUUGCCCUGAAGCAGGCUUUGCUGGCUGUGCAGGGAUCUGCCUUGGGCGAGAUGUCUGAGAAUCGGGCCUAUGAGGGCGUGAUUGAGACGGAGGAUCGAUAUGAGGCUCUGCGUGCCUUUGCGGAGAAGCGUAAGCCUACCUUCCGAGGUCGCUAG